AUGAUUAUUGGUCAAAAAGGAGUUCAGUAUGGGUUACAAAAGGUUGUGCCAAAAAAGCCCGGCCUCCAAGCUUCAGCAUCUUCGCAGCGCAAGGUCGCGCCAGCAAACGUGUUUGGCGACGACGACUCGGACGAAGAGGAUGUGGAGCGCCAAAUCGCUCGCCAGGCUGAUAAGAAGCGCGCAGCAGCCAAGGUACAGCAAGUUUACGAGGAAGCACUGGCAGAGGAUCCGUCGGUUUUUGACUACGACGGCGUGUACGACAGCAUUCAGGAAGCCCGCGUGACCAGCAAGCAACAGGACAAGGUACAGCGGCAGAGCAAGUACAUUGCAUCGCUGCUGGAGCAGGCGCAGCAGCGCAAGCGCGAGCAGGACGUGUUGUACGAGCGGCGCAUGGUAAAGGAGCGUCAGCAGGAGGACCAUUUAUUUGAGGACAAGGAGCGUUUCGUCACCAGCGCCUACCGCAAGAAGCUCGAGGAGGACAAGAAGUGGCUCGAGGCGGAACGCCAAAAGGAGCUCGAGGAGCAGCGCAAUGAUGUACGGAAGGUAGGCCACAUGGGCAACUUCUACGCCAACCUCCUCACAAAAAACGUGGCGUACGGCACCGCAAAGUCGAACCAUCCAGCCGACCGGGACGAGAAUGAGGAGGAAAAGGCGGAGGAGGAGGCGGCGGCCGCAGCAGGAGGAGGAGGAGGAGGAGGAGGAGCUGCCGGCGCAGAAGGGAGAGGCGGAAGCGAAGGCAGGGUGGCGCCAGCACCGGUGGGGGGAAGCGACAGCGAGGGCGGCGGCGGCGGAGACGAUACUGUGGCGGCCGCUUCCAGGAACGAGGCGGCAGCGGGGAGCUCCCAAGCCAAAGUCCUAUCGCAGCUCGAUCGAUACGACCGGCUGCGAUUGGAAGCAGAGAAGGCCCUCAUCGGGCGAAAACUCGCUCAGCAGCAGCAGCAGCAGAAGGAAAAGGAAAAGGCGGAAUUGGGUGAAGGGCAGAACGAGGAGCGGACGCGGGGAUCAGAGGGCCCCGGGUCUCGCGGAGUGGAGGAGGGAGGGAAGUUGGCAGCGGACCAGCAGCGGCGGCCGCCGGGUGCUUCGGAAGGUGACGAGGCCGCGGCGGCGGCGCAGGCGGCGGUUCGACGCAGAGGCGGAGGCGACGCACUGCCGCCAAGCAGCUCCGGCGGUGGCGGCGUGCUGCUGCCGCCGCCGCAGCCAGUGGGCGCUGCAGACCUUGCGGCGGCGGCGGUGGCGGCGGCAGCAGCAGGAGGAUCGUCGGCGAUGGGGUCAGAAGUGGUGAUCGGCGGGAAACGGCGCAACGACGAGGCAGCGGUCCUGUCUGCUAGGGAGCGAUACCUGGCGAGGAAACAACCGAAGAUGAGCUAA